ACACAGCCCAAACCAAUAAAAUGCGUUUGCAGCCUCAACAGUUGCUUUUCAAAGUUGGUUCGAAACGGUCAAGCUUUUUUCCUCGCGAUCGCGCGUACACUUUUGGGUACCAUUCACGUUGUUUUUGUUGUGGUUUCAUCGCACGGCAACCAUUCGGUCAUCGAUCCGCUCGAUCGCUGCUACUUCUCCAGCACAAGAACAACUUCGGCUUGUUGGUAAGAUAAACCCAGCUGACGUAAUCGAUUGCGGUAGAUCGCAAUAAAGUGGCACCUUAUCGACACCGCGGGAAACAACUUCCGAAGUUUUAUUUUAUGGGUUGCGUGCAUGGGAAGCGUAAGGGCGCGCAAUAGAUAGUGAAAGGUUGCACUUGUGGGAAUCUCGGCGAGACGCGCCAGUUCCAUGUGAGUGUGACGGGUAAUUGUAUCCAGUUUCGUUGAACCGAACUUGAAAUGGAUGGGUGAUUGCCUGACGGUUGAUAUGUUGCAUCGAGUGCUGUAUAGCAAUGCAGUGUAGUGUGCUGCUAUUCAGAUUCAGAUCAUUUUGAGUAUCGAGAUCAAGGAAUUCAACUGAAACACAGUGUUCGGUGCAGUCAAGUGCGAGGUUGCACUGCUUCAGUGAGAAGUUGAAGUUCUAGUUGCUGUUUUGCAUUGGCGGAAAAUCGAUCAGCAGCGAUCGCGUGCUCGAGGCGAAUAGAUUCAGGCAGAAUUGAAACAUGGAAGUGGCUUGGCGAUUUAGAAUUAUUUUUGCGAUGGCAUUUGCGGUGAUCAUAUUUGGCGAUUUGCUUGGGUAUGGUGGAGCGAAGAAAGAUCCAAAAGAUAAAUCACUGCUGUCGGGCUUGUCUACUGGUUUCGGAAGCGUGAGCGGGCAUAUGGAUGGCGCAGCGGGGUCCAGCCGUGAAAAUGAAAUCGCAUCCACCGACAGAGAAACCCCCCUGGCUCCUCGAUCGUACACCAGCGGCAGCAGCAGCAGCGGCAGCAACAGCAACAGCGACAGUGAUAACACGAAGUCAACCGCCGCCAGCGGCAGUCAGGCGGCCGACCUUGCCACCCACAAGGAGCAGUUGAAAAACUCGCUGCGGGAAGCGUGUCUUCCCAAGCUGCUGUGCGAGAUGGCAGCCAAACCAAACUAUUCGCUCAACGUGCGCGAAAGGGACCUGCUCUCACUGAUACGGUCCACCACGCUAUCACUGACGAUGGCAGUCAGCCCAACCAAAUGGCACUUUGCGGCGCACAUGGGUCAACUGUUGCGGGACGCGGGCGACAGCUUGGUCACGCCGAUGGGCUGUUCGCAUCUGUGGCCCAGCUGUCCGUACAGUUCGAAGAAGCUACUCAAGCUGACGAACGUGGUCCAGUUGAAAUGAGCCCCGCCGAAUAGGUGUCCAGCCGAUGACGCCGGAGGAAAUCCGUAGAAAACCAGAUGUUUGCAUUAUCGCGAAUGGGUUGCAUUGUUCUACGGUUUUCCGCGAAGAACCAUAGCAUCACUACCAGCAUUAUGUACUUUAAUUGGAGCCAUACAUCACGACGAUGUCCCCCUAAUUCGAAAUGUAAAUACUAGAAACCCCCACGGGCAUACAGAUUUGCCCGCCCAUUAGUCAUCAAUGAAAUCAUCCCGGCUCCGUUGUUUGGCUUCUUUUGAGGUGGAACCAUAUUCGAGAGAUUAGUUUGUUGCAGAGUUUAUAGUAGAUAAAGGACAAUGAAUGGCUGUAAUGUUGAAUCAUAGACAAAUGGAGUAAACAUAUGAAUUAUUUUCCUAGCGAAGGGUUCAAACAUGAAAUUCAAAAUUUAAACAGCUCAAAACCAGUCGAAUUCUAAUUUAUGGUGGUCAAUGGAAAUUUCAGAAGUGUUACAACCUUAUGUUUGUGAUUGUAUGAUGUGUGUUGUUACAUGAGUGCUAGGAGAUGAAUGUAUGAAUGAGUGACUUUUCACCCGCUCAAUGCGCGGAUCAUUACCUGCGAAUGCUAAUGUGAUUUUAUGCACUAACUGUUGUAUAUACCUAAUUGAAUUAUUAAUGAAGCAGCGAUUGUACUGAGAUAGAAGAAACAAAAAAACGAUAUGAAAUAUGAACGGAUUGUAAAUAAACACAAAUUAAAUGCUAGUUGACAAUUUA